AUGUCGAAGACAGCUGAGAAGCAUGCCCUGCUAUUUGGCUCAAGUGGAAUCACUGGGUGGGCCAUCGUUAAUGCUAUACUCCAAGGUUAUCCCAGCCAAGAUACCUUUGAUUCUGUGACGGCCCUCACCAAUCGCCCAAUCAGCAGCGAAACCACUCAGUGGCCAGUAUCUGAGAAGCUUCACGUUGUCAGCGGUGUAAACAUCCUGACACCUGGAGGGCAGGAAGCUUUCGAAACAGAUAUCCGGAACAAAGUAGAGAAUCUCCGGAAGAUUACCCACGUCUACUUCUGCGCUUACAUUAUGAACCUCGACCCGGCAAAGGAAUGCGAGAUCAACACUGAGCUCGUCAAAAAGGCUGUUACUGCCAUUGAUCGCCUAUCCCCAAGCCUGCAAUUUGUCGUCCUGCCAACAGGCACCAAGGCAUAUGGCAUCCAUCUCAUUGAUCACUUUCCGUUCGCAAAGAAACUCCCUCUGCGCGAGUCGCUACCGCGAAUCCCUGAACCAUUUGGCUCGCAACUCUUCUACUACCACCAGAUUGAUGCGCUGUCUCGGCUUUGCGAGGGGAAGAGUUGGUCUUGGUGCGAAGUCAGAGCUGACACAAUUGUUGGCUUCGUACCAAACAACAACAUUUAUUGCGCGGCACAGACGCUGGGAAUUUACCUUACUCUCUUUGCAGAAAUCCAAGGAAAAGGAGUCGAAUGCCCUUUCCCGGGCAACGAAAAGUGUUGGAACAAUCUCAGCCAGGAAAGCAACCAAGAUAUUCUCGCCAAGAUUUGCAUCUACGCAUCGUUGCAUCCCAAUGUCACACACAAACAGACGUACAAUGCCGGUGACAACUUUGAAUCUUCUUCUUGGAGAUACAGAUGGCCGGUCAUCUGUGAGUACUUUGGUUCGAAGGGCACUCCUCCUCUGCCAGAUCGCCAGGCUCUUCUGCCUGAGCACUAUCUGAUGAAGCAUGUUGAAAAGUGGAAAGAGAUGGAGAAGAAGUAUGGCCUUGUUGGCGGUCACAUUAUCAACGACCGUACCUUCAUUGAGCCAACGCAUGGCGUGGGAAUGAUAUACGGUCUGACGAACAUGCUCGGUUUCGACAGGCAGCUUGACAUGACCCAGUGCCACGAGAUGUGGGGUUCCAGCAAGGAAGAAAUCGAUACGAAGAGUUCUUGGCAUACUGUGUUCAACAGGUUCAGAAAGGCUCGAAUCAUUCCGUAG